AUGAACAACUUAGACCAGAUUGAGCACCUGGUAAGCCGCUAUGAAACUCGCGAGGAGCUAGCCAAGCGUGGCGUAUGGGGUGGAGCGCUGUAUCGCGCGGAAGAAGUCCCCUUUCUGGACCGAGGGUGGUGCUGGAAGACGCUACUUUUGGGGGACGAAGACGAGCUUUUGGUCACGGAGCUGGCGGAAGUGCCCGAGGACAGCAGUACAACAACCCAGUGGUAUUCCAGCGACCGUCAGCCGCAGGUCAGAAACCUUACAUCUGAACAGGUGAGCACACAUCCUUUAAUGGAAACGUCCAGUGCACAGCCCAACUCAGUUCAAGAGCCAGAUGAUCGACUGAAGGAGAAAAUAUCAGUUCAAGAAACUCUGGAAAUCGUGAGAUUGGAUGUUUCGCGUCUUUUGCUGCAUCCAAUAUUCGAGUCUGCCGAAAGCAAGCGGGAGAUGAUUCAGAUUCUGUACAACUACGUUAUACACAAUCAGACUAGCUAUAAACAAGGUUACCACGAGCUAUGUGGCGCUGUUUAUAUCCAGAUGGCGAAUGAGGAGCCGGAGAACCGGAAGCUCAAUACCUUGAACAUUUUUAACAAACUAAUGCAGCGCGCGCGCCCCAUAUUUUACGAAGAGGCCACCCUACUUGAUUUCGCGCAGUCAAAAUUCGACAGGAUCCUCCGGCUCGCCGUGCCAAACCUACACAAGCUGUUAACGAAACACCACGGCUUAGACAAUGCUGUUUGGCUGAUACGUUGGACACGACUGUUGUUUUUAAGAGAGUUUGACCUAAAUUAUGUGCUUCGCAUCUGGGACCAUUUGCUGACGUUCAUGGUUCCGCUGGAAGAUUUAGUGGCAUGCUGUGUGGUUGUGUUACUGAUAGCUAUCACACGAGAUUUGUAUUCGUGUGAAGACCAGGGAGAAAUCAUCAGCAUAUUGCUACACUACCCCAGAGACAAAUUGAUAGACUGCGUGGAGCUGAUGAAGCAGAGUGCGAGUCUCUUUGAACUCUACGCCACUAAGAGGUACGAUGACAUGCAAUCGUUGGGCGACAACUUGUGCAGGAUUCACAAUCGCGACUGGUACGAUAAACAGACGCAAGUCUCAGACCACAAUCGCUUGAGACUGGAAGAGAGACUCAAGAGAAGGGUGGGCCUGAGGUUGAAAAAGUGA